UAGCAGAAAUGGAGAGGGAUGAUGACCUGAAAGCAGCACCUCAGUUAGCCAAGGCUGUAUUGAACCCAAAUACUUUUCAGAAAAUGAGAGUUACCAAUACUGUGUGGGUCUUGAAUGAAUCUACUGCUGCUGCGCUUGAGCUGAUGGCCAAAGAACGUAAAAAUUCAGGCAUGAUGACUACUGCGUGGUGGAUUAGACGCUUUGCCUCAUGGUUCAAGAUCCUAGUUUCGAGCCACGGAACUGCCCUCAGCUUCAAAAACAGAGGAAAAUUUGAUUCUGCAGUAAACUCACUUCGAGAAUACAUCGAAAUUACAAGAGGUAUUUCAGUGGGAAAAAGCUGGAAACCUUGGCAGCGAGGUACCCUAGUCGCAACCCAUGGGUUCAUUACCAUCGCAACCAGACUUCUUGAAAGCAAAGAGAUGGACUUUGUUUAUGGAAGUAGAUUUUCAUCAAACUGCAUUGAAAAUCUGUUUUCAGUUAUUCGAUCAAGGAACCCAGUUCCAAAUGCUUUUCAAUGGAAAUCAGCCCUUAAGAACAUCAUUCUUUCCCAAUACUCAAAAACCAUUUGCGCAUCCAACUAUGAGCACGAUCUUACAGAAAAAUUUGCAGAUGAAAAUUUUGGAAGUGUCAUUGAGUUCUUAAAACAUCGUCCCCAGCAAGCGACAAUAUCAACUGAACACUUGAACAGUUUCAAAUCCGACUGGCCAACUUCUCUGCCUGAUCUCACACACAAAGACAAAAACGUCUUGUAUUACGUAUGUGGCUACAUUCUCGACUCAGUCAUGGGAAAUCAAAUUGUGUGCAAUGAUUGCACUGACGACUUGAUAGUUGAGGCCAUAGAUGCAGAUUUCACUGAAUAUACCAAGUCAAGGGAGUACGAAGAAGGACUGCUGACUUACGUGUCAAGGGAGCUGUACCACUGGUUUGAGUACGCCGAGAAAAUCUUUCGGACAGCUUCAGCUCGCUGCAGCACUUUGCCAGACCUGCAAACCUUAGAGACCUUAGUUCAGAACAUCAUGGAAAGCAGCAUGCAAGAAUUUCAAUGCUUUAAGCCAUGCCACAGCAUUGAUCAAAAACUCAUGAGGAGAUUUCUCUCUUUCAGAGUUAAAAUUCACAGUGCCCAGACUACAAGAGAGGUGAAGAGAAAGAACAAGGCUCCCGCUGUAUCAGCAGGGAGUUCCACAGCAGGUGGACACCGCUAUGUGUCAACUACAACCACUGGCAAGAAGUAAUAACAAUAAUUUUGAAGGAUUUUGACAGUAACAAUUUGUA